UGUUCAUGAACUGGAUUUAAUCAAGUUUCGAGUCCGUCUCUACACUUUUCUCUACAGAGAGAGAGGAGAAAAAAAAAAAAAAAUUGGAGAGAGAGAGAGAGAGAGAAGCCCUGUGGUAAAGCUAAGGAUCUGUCACAAAGACAGAUGGUGCAUCUGUACGAAUUCUGGUGUUGAUUGCAUAUCUUCCCUUUUACGGUUCUGCUACUGUGACUUUUUUUUGUCGUGGAGUAUUUGUGAAAAAAAGGGAUCUUGGUUUCCAUUUUCCUGCAUAGCGAAUAACUGAAGAUUAAGGGUGGAACAACGAUUUUUUCUGCAGUGCUUGUGGUAUAAAGUUGUGCACCUGUGAUGUGGUUUGCAGUCAUUCAUUGACUCAAGUGUAAAUUUCUUUUAUGCAACCAUAUUAAAGGAUAUAUUCAGUUAGGCCUGCGAGAGUAGUGGAGCAAAUGUCAUUCCGUAGUAUAGUUCGUGACAUGAGGGAUGGGUUUGGCAGUUUGUCAAGGCGGAGUUUUGAGCUGAGGCUGCCAGGUCAUCACAGAGGGAAAUCCCAUAGUUCAGUGAUUGAGUUGCAUGACCAGCCUGUGGUCAUCCAGAACAGUUGUUGGGCUAGCCUCCCACCCGAGUUACUGCGUGAUGUGAUUAAGAGAUUGGAGGCAAGUGAGAGUACUUGGCCUGCGCGGAAACAUGUUGUCGCCUGUGCUGCUGUAUGCAGGUCAUGGAGGGAAAUGUGCAAGGAAAUAGUUGCUAGUCCUGAGUUCUCAGGGAAAAUUACCUUUCCAGUUUCCCUGAAGCAGCCAGGGCACCGGGAGGGAACCAUUCAGUGCUUUAUUAAGAGAGACAAGUCAAACUUAACUUACCAUCUUUUCCUUUGCCUUAGCCCUGCUUUGCUUGUUGAAAAUGGCAAGUUUCUACUGUCUGCAAAAAGGACCCGUAGAACCACUUGCACUGAGUAUGUAAUCUCAAUGGAUGCGGAUAACAUAUCAAGGUCAAGCAGCACUUAUAUUGGAAAACUGAGGUCAAAUUUUCUAGGCACCAAAUUCAUAAUUUAUGAUACGCAGCCUCCUUACAACAAUACUCAACUUUCCCCACCUGGCCGGAGUAGAAGGUUCUAUUCAAAAAAAGUAUCUCCAAAGGUCCCCACUGGAAGCUACAACAUUGCUCAGGUCACUUAUGAGCUGAAUGUGCUUGGCACAAGGGGUCCACGUAGGAUGCACUGCACAAUGCACUCAAUCCCUGCAUCGUCCCUUGAGCCCGGUGGUUUUGUCCCGGGCCAACCUGAGCUCCUACCACGCUCCCUUGAAGACUCGUUUAGGAGCAUUUCCUUCUCAAAAUCAAUAGACAAUUCAACCGAGUUUAGCAGUGCGAGGUUCUCAGACAUUGUUGGGCCUCGAGAUGAAGAAGAUGAGGGGAAGGAGAGACCACUGGUUCUCCGUAACAAGGCACCAAGAUGGCACGAGCAGUUGCAAUGUUGGUGCCUCAAUUUUCGUGGAAGAGUGACUGUUGCCUCUGUAAAAAAUUUUCAACUGAUUGCUGCAACGCAACCUGCUGCUGGUGCACCAACACCAUCACAGCCACCCCAGUCUGAUCAUGACAAGAUAAUUCUGCAAUUUGGUAAGGUUGGCAAGGACAUGUUUACUAUGGAUUAUCGGUAUCCUUUGUCCGCGUUUCAGGCUUUUGCGAUCUGCUUGAGCAGCUUUGACACUAAAUUGGCAUGUGAAUAAGGAAGAACGAACACGGCAAGAAGACAUAGAACUUUCGGUAGUUACUUAGCCUUUUUCCUUUCUAGGGUUUCAUUGGACGUGGGAGAGAGAGUCCCGAGUCGCGGAGGGUAUGCAGUCUCUGUGUAAGUUACUACUUUGAAGUGGAAAGUGUAAGAUCAUACUGGAGAGUACUUUCAUUUUCUCACCCUUUUACCUUUGUUUUCCUUGCCUUGGUCUGAAUUCAGCAGUUCAUUGUGUUUCUGUUCUGCUACUAUUAAGUUUUAACUCUGUACCUUCUACAAGAAAAAGUUGAAAAAAAGAAAAGAUUCAGUA